AGUCGAUGUUUGCUCGUCCGUCGGUAAAGGUGCCGAGUCGCGUGGCUUCGCGCCGUUGAAAACAAACCUUGUUUUCCCAGCUGCUCGAAAGCUCGUCGCGUACACACAACGUAUCCGCGAGCCGAAGGGAACCGGUUGACGAGUGACGGUCCCAAUUAAAUUCCAUUCAGUGAAGCAAUUUCCACAGUGCGAACGCUAUAAUCGCGAAUCUUGUUCGAGAAUUCUGAAUAUAAAUCGUCCAGCUCUGAAAUCAUUUAGACCUGAAAUCGUUUAGGUCUGAAAUCAUUUAGAUUUGAAAUUGUUUAGAUCUGAGAUCGGCAGGUUCUGAAAUCGAUUAGAUCUAACAUCGUCCAGAUCUAAAAUCAUCUAGAUCUGAAAUCAUUUAGAUCUCAAAUCAUUACCGACCGAGCGAUCGGUAUACGUAUAGGGUAAAUCGAUCGCGUCCCGUUUCUUCGGCGAAUUCUGAAGAGAUCCGGCUGCUUAGAAGGAAUAGGGUCAACUGUUGUGGACAGCCUUGGAGAGAUAAACAGAACUUCGAGACCGAAACAAAAUAGCGUGAGUGCAUUCGGUGCAUAGUGACGUUCCGUGAAGCAGAAGAAGGCCCUGGUUGUCGGCGUUCGAGAAGAUCGAGGAAAGAUCCAUCGCGGAGGAAAAGGAUCACGGAGACCGGAAGCGGUCGAGGAAGAAGCUCCGUCAGAUUAAAAUCGGUCGAGCUGCGGAGGCCGUUGGUGAAAAAUCGGCGAGAUCGCUCGAAUUCGAAUCUUUUCACCGCCGAUGGGAGUGAGAGGGAAACUCGAAGGGCGGAAAAAUGAUCACCGUGCCGAUAUCCGCUUCGAGUCCUUACAUGAAGGUUACGUCCUACAGCGAUGCGAGCGCCAUUGGCAAAAAGCCUGCAGUUCAGCAAUUCCUAAGAGACAUGAAGGAACACUCAGCCUCGUCCCGAUUUGAAGGCAGGGAAGUACCUCAAAGGUCGCAGAGCAGCGCGGCCAGCUUGAUGUCCUUAGGUGCUGACAUAUCACCUAGUUCUUCCCAUUUCUUUGAGGUACUUUACGUCGGGAAAAUCAAAGUAUCGCAUCCGAAGGUAUCGGAGGCCUUUAUCGACGAUGCACUGGUACGGUUUCGCGUUCACGGUCUCGAGAAAUCGAGACCAUCUACGACUAAUCUUCUCACGGAGUACCAACGUCAAUCACUUCUAACGUCUUCCAAUAACAGGAGAAACAGCACGGAAUCUAGUGCUAGCGAGACAGGAAGCAUAGAGAACGUUUGUGGAAGCGGCAUCAUAUCACAGAUCAAUCCAUUGGGAGUACCGUCGACGCUCACCGGCUCCGUCGAAGUCUUCCCGAAGCCGCAAAAUGCCAUCCUCGCGGAGAAAGAUGAACGAGAAGGGAACCGAGACGCCGUGAACAACAAUUCCAUGCAAGUGCCAGAAGUUAUGCGCAACCGGGCCUCGUCCACAGGCAGCGUGUUGAAUUCUAGAAGGGAUUCCAUGAAAGCCAGCGACGAGCACAACCGUACCAUGCUCUUCCAGGUAGGUCGACAUGAUUUGAGAUUGAUCAGUCCAGAUAGGAAGCAGGUACUCCUGCAUAAACUGCUGAGGGAUGUAGCCAGUUGCGUGCAGGGUAUCAAGAAUCCCGAACACUUUGGUUUCAUUUGUAAGGAGAACAAUAUAGAAUGCUUUAUCGGCUAUGUGUUCAAGUGCCAGUCGGAAUCGGUCGCAGACGACCUUGUCGCUGCGAUUUCGCAAGCGUUUGUCGGUACAUGCGAGGUUCCGAGAAAGGAAAGGUACUCUGUGUUUUCGUGCGAGCACUGUCCCAUGUAUUGGUACAGCAAAUUGUGCCAGGAAGUCGAAGGACAGAACGACAGGAGGACCCAGAGCAUAAUCUUCUCGCGGAUGGAAUUGUUGCCCGAGGACGAGCAGGAAAUCGUAGUCAGCAAGUACAAAAGCGCCGAGUCCGCUGGCGGUACAGGGACAACUUUACGCGAGCAAAAUCAGUUUUUAAUGAGGCUGCUGCACGCUCACUGCGAGACGAAACAAGCCAGGCAUGUUCACGAUACGGCCGAGAAUAGGAGUGAAUUUCUCAAUCAGUACUUAAGCGUGGGCGUUGGAAGCGCCAUAUUCAAGAAAGCGAAACGAUCGCUUACAAAUAGUUUUGAUAACCUGAUGAAGAGGAAGGGUUCGCGGGACGACCUCGGCCUUGGCCCGCAUUUGAAGGAUUCGAGCCACCUUAACACUGUGAUAAAAAGUGGUAGCCAAAGCCCAGAUAUUUCGCGACAGCCAUCGAUAGUCGACAUAUCUCCGGACUCUAGCAGACCAAGGUCGUUGAGAGUUUCUCCGGAACAGCAAUUAACUGUGAACACUGGACCAAAGAGUUCUAUGAUGGACAUCUUCCUGAAGGUAGGAAACUCACCAAAAAUGUCGCCAACAGAAGCCGACGGUAACAACUCCGUGCAGUCGAAUAGUUCUUGGAGACAAGCAAUAUUGAACCGUGUUGUAACUCCUAAUAAAGAUCACGAGAAAGAGAACGAUAAACCAGGAAAUAUCAAUAUUAUGAAGUCGCCUCAGACACCUGCUAAGCGUAGAACGAAACAAGAACUUAGAGAUCUAUGGAAAAAGGCAAUUAAUCAGCAGUUGAUACUUAUUAGAAUGGAGAAAGAGAACGCAAGGCUCAGAGUGCGUCAAGAGGAAGCGACUGUUAAAAGAAUCAAACUAGAAUACGAUGAACUUAGUAGUUGCGCACGCGAAUUAGUGGAAGUAUGGGAUCUUCUUGUUAGCAAAGAGUCGAGAGUCUCUACGAAAUGUGAUAAUCAAAUGCUGUUGCAUGCUAUAAAGCAGGGCGUACCCAAAGGAAAGCGAGGAGAAGUAUGGCAAUUCUUAGCCGAGCAAUUCUGCUUGAAACAGCCGCCCAUAGACACACGCGAUUUUCCUAACUACAACACACCGUAUGAUCUGCUCCUAAAGCAGCUUACGUCCCAACAACACGCUAUUCUUAUCGAUCUGGGCCGAACGUUCCCAAAUCACCCGUACUUCAGUUCAGCCUUAGGACCUGGACAAUUAGCGUUGUUUAAUUUGCUGAAAGCUUACUCCCUAUUGGAUCACGAAGUCGGCUAUUGUCAAGGGCUCAGUUUUGUUGCCGGCGUUCUCUUGCUACAUAUGUCAGAAGAUCAAGCGUUUUUCUUGUUGCGUCAUCUGAUGUUCCGAAGAGGUCUAAGGAAAUUAUAUCUACCAGAUAUGGCGGCGUUGCAAUUAUAUUUGUAUCAAUUGUCCAGAUUGCUACACGAUAGGCUACCGGCGAUUUACAACCAUUUUGACAAGCAUGAGGUCUCGCCCACACUAUAUGCAGCCCCAUGGUUGCUAACGUUAUUUGCAAGUCAAUUUCCACUGGGUUUCGUGACCAGAGUAUUUGAUCUGCUCUUCCUGGAAAGUACAGAAGUACUUUUCCGGGUGUCGAUGGCGCUGUUGGAGGAACACCAGGAUCAGUUGCUUCGUUGCGACAGUUUCGAAGAAAUCAUGGAAUAUCUGAAGACACAAGUGCCAGCUGUGGAUAAGGAAAUUCUGGAUCGCGUGAUGAAGCGUGUGUUUUAUCCUGAUCAAGAAAUCACGAAGCAGCUGAAUGAGUACAGAGUAGAGUACCAAGUGUUGCAAGAAGAAAUGAUAUCGGUGAAGCCACAAAUUGAGAACAUGGAGAAAAUGAAGCAUCUGAACAAGCAAUUGACGCAGGAAGUCACGCAUCUGAAUGAACAACUCGAGAUAACAAUGAGCAACUUGCAUCGUUUGGAAACGACUCGUUCAGUGCAACAGUCGACUCUCCUCAAAUUGGAGUCUCAAAACCGUAGUCUAGAGGUGACCGUUGCAACACUAGGCGCCUUCAUUCAACAAUUAUCUGAAACCCGUCCAGACAUUGAAUAUCCAGGCGAGAUUCGUCGAAUAAUAGCGCAGCUUAGUCUCGCGGAGAAGCGAAGAGCCGCGACGGGAAGGUCAUAUCCUCUGAAGGUGAUUGAGGACAACAGUAAAUACGGAAUGAUCAAGAGCAACUCCACCGGAAGAGAGUCCCACAACUUCUUGAAGAACAACAAUAUGAUAGACGCUCCGUAUCCUCUGAAAUCAACGUUAAGCCAGCCGAAUCUGGCCACCAAGCUCGAAAGGGUGUCCUCGUUCUUUUCUAACUCGCACAACCAUAUACAGAAGCAACGAGCACAACUAGCCGCCCUGAGAAACGAGUAUUCGAUCGAACAGCCGAUUCGAAACGACGAGAACGAUCCGAAGACGGUCAAUAUAGACAUCCAGAUCACCGACACGGUGAAUUCGAGCAACGAGCAGAUCCCACAGAUCGAUAAUAAUCAUCUGAAGAUACAAGAAGUCAACCUGGAAAAGUCGGUCUCGCUACCAUUGAAUAACAGGAUGAAGUUGAAGUCAUCAAAAUCGGCAUACGAGUUGGGAUCAGUCAAAAAAGUAUUAACCACUAAGCUGGAGGUCACGACAGACGAUGACUUGACAAACCUAACAGGAACGAUGCAUCCUCUGGACACUUGUAGCGACGUGAACUUCAAGUACGGUGGAACCACCAAGCUGAAGUCUAUCAAGCCCACUAGGCUUCCAAGUCCCAUCGGACAAGAAGAAAGCGUCAACAAGAACGCUCAAAGCCAGAACGUAGAAACACUGAACAGAUAACAAUUACUAAUGAUGUUACGUUCAAGGAAGAUACCUUGGAAGGUAACUACCUUGAGGAAAGUAUAUCCCACAAACUAACUGUACAAUGUGUUUCGUCCCGCGUUACUCUCUCGUACAGAGUGUUUCAUUUAUUUUGAUAGCUUGGAGUAGUUUCGUUAUCUUUAAUAAUACCAAGAUAGACCAUGUAAGGGGAGUCAUUUAAUUCGAGGAGAUGAAUAUUAUAAUUGCCAGCGCUCUUCUCUCACAGUGAAUUGUAAUAUUCGUUUCUGUGAUUUUAUUCUUUGUGUAAGGUACAAUAUUUAAAAGCGGCGGAGGUAUUUCAAAUUGUUAGGAUAAGUGAACCACCCUGUAUACACUCAUACACUUUUGAUACAAUGAUCGAUUUUCAUUUUUUAACGAACGUUGCCUCGGCGGAUUGUCGACCGAACCGCCCAGGAUUCGUACUUCCCCUUUUACGAUACUUAUACCAAUGAUUUUAAUACCUUAUUGCGAGUGGAAGAUUAGAGAGAAUGAGAGAAACAGAGUCAAUUUAUAAUAUAUUAAAAUACGAUUACUUGAGGAUAUUAGUAUAUAAAUAUACGUAUAUAUAGAGAGAAAUUAGGAUGAAGCUGUGAGAUAAGUUAGUACCUACUAAAAAUAUUUAUCUAUUUCGCAUAGUGAAUAUCCAUUUUGACUAGUAGGAGAGAGUAUAGGGAACAUUUAUACGAAUAUAAUAUAUACGAUCUUGCCGAUUAUAAGAAAUUUGUUUUAAAUAACAGUAACACCGAGAAUUCUAUUCAACUAUGUAACACGAUAGAAUUUUGUAGCGGAAACUUGUAAAGUAUAAAAGUUUGUAGAUGAUGUCGAUGUGUUACUGUUGCAAACUAAAUUUCUUAGAGUCCAGCAGAAAACGUCGUAUCUGUAAGUUAAAUACGAGCAUCAGAGUGUACUGUAGGUUGUUGCAAAAAUAAUAGGAAUUCGUGUAAGAAUGUAUUCACUCUUUGUUCGGACAACGAUCGAUCAUCCGUUGUUGGCACUAAAGCAUGUUCAAUAUCACAUGUGCAAAUGAAUGAUUCAAUCAAACAUCUGAAUGGCCUUUCGAAGCUGUUCGAAAGCUUUCCGUGAAGCUUAAUGCUUAAAGCGUUAUAACAGUUACAGAAACUACAUUAGUCUCGAUUAAACAAGAGAAAAAAAAAGAAAAAAAGUUCCUAUUACUUUUGCGUGAACCGUCGCGAAAAGUGCCAAACUUUCCAAAACGAAUAUCAAGAAUUGUGACUAGCAGGUAGGGAAAACAAAGUGUUUUAUUAAAAGGAUCAUCAGAGAACGUGUAACUAUACCGUGUAUAAUUGGGAGACGCAUAUUUAUAAAAUAUAAUUUAUAGACUAUUGUGCACUGAUUCGAGGGAAUCAAGUAUUACUAUUUUUGCACAAAAUGAAGCCUUGUGAUAUCAGGGAUACAAUUAAUGCCAUUCAGCAUUGUAACAGUGACGGAUCGUGUUACCAUUUUUUCCGAUUACAAAAAAAGAAAGAAAAAUUAAAGAAUACGAAGUCGACAAACUAUAAUAAAUACUCAGUAACGUUGGCGGCGAGUGUUAUCAAACGUUUAAUUGUCAACUAAUCGCGAUUUAUUCGUCUCGAAUGUGAAGAUAUAUUUUCGGUCUCGCGACAACAGUUUCAUAUUGGAGAAGAAAAGAAAAUCGAGACCGAGCAAAGCACGUUCAAUAAACGUUUGUAUAGUAAUUGUUAGGAACUAUAAAAUAUUUUGUAGCGUUCAAAUUUGUAUCUUCCAAUUAGUGAUUUGUACGAAUAGAUUUUAGACGUUAAUUAUACAUUGUGAUUGAGAAUACAGAAGUAAAGAUAUAACCCCAGUUUUCCGAAUAUUUGUAGACUUAAUGGACACGUUGUUACUGUUAGCAUAGAAUAUAGUUCGACACCGUUUACGCCCUCCGCUCGUACAUUUGAUUGUGAUAGCAGCGAAUGUAUUUCCUUGAAGAGAGUAUUUUGAAUGACAGAGAAGAAAACGUCACAUGAAUUUAUACUGCUUUGUAUACAUCGAGAAAAUUCAUAAAAUUUUCUCCGGCUAUUGUACUGAAAGUUUUACAUCUUUGUCACCAUAUACACAACUUCGAAAAUCGAAUGAAAAUUACUGGAGCCUCUGUUAUAUAAUCCCAGAAACAAGACACACGGAGAAGCGUGAAAAAGGUGAACCUCUUUUAUAAACUUAUAUAAUGUUACUUUAUUAUCCUGUACGUGGAUUAACAAAUCAAAAAUGUGCAAUUCACUUUUUGACAA